GUAUGAAAGAAGCUGGAGGUAGGAACCGUGUUUCGGGGUCCUUGUUUCCACGCGCAUGCGCUCGUCAGUUGCUAAUAUGCGGCGUUUCAUGAUUAGAUGUUGCGCUACAAAAUGACGCUCCAAUAAUCAGUGAGGUUCUGACUAUUAAUGUUUAUUAAGAUGGACGGAGGAACAGAGAUAUCCGUAACCAUCGCUCAAGUUGUUCAGCGGCUCAGAGGAACACAUUUACACUCCCAGCUGGAGAAACAAGCCAAAGAAUGUUUACACAGGCCGGAGAUAAAACUAGAAUCUUUAAAAGAAGACGUUCGGAAUUUCCUUAGAGCUUCAGGUUGGGAAAAGAAGUUACAAAAUGCAGUGUGCAGAGAAUUGCACAUUUUGCCUCCACCUGCUCACCCUGAAGAUACCCCCGAGCACACAAAAGAGCCACUGGAAUACAUGCGCAAAGCCCAGGCAUGCUGGGAGAAGAGGAUCCUGAAGAGUUUGAACAGCAUGUGUUCCGAGCUGGGUGUUCCAUUGGCCUGCAAGCGUCCUGCUGCACAACAGAGACAUUUAAUAAACAAAUGGAGCGAGAUGGGCACAGAUGACCCAGAUCUCAGCAAGUUCAGGCCUGUAUAUGCACCCAAAGAUUUCCUAGAGGUGUUGAUAAGUCUGAGAAACCCCAAUCAUGACUGCAGUGAGGGUCUCACAGCCAGGAGCCACUGGGGACUUAUACAGAUCUCCCUCAACGUCCAUGAUAUCCCAUUUAUGAGAGAGGCUUAUCCAGAACUGAGCCUGAAUCGUGGCCAACUUGGAAUAGAAGAUCACGCACACAUCCCUCCAGAUCUGUUUGAAAGUGAGCACCUUCGCAUUGGAAAGAAAGUGUUGAGUGAGCAAGACAGCGCAGCUGCUCAGGAGUACAGCAGACAGGGAUGUCCCAAUGGCCUCCGAGCUCAACUAUGGGCUCUGAUCCUCAAUGCCACUAAUGAACCAGAGGACAUCAUGCAUUACGAGCAACUGAAGGCCGCAGUCAUACAGCAUGACCUGCUGGUGGAUAAUCUAAUCUAUAAGGAUGUGAAGCUGACUGCAAGUAAUGAUGACUAUUACUUUGUGUUUGAAGACUUUCUGUAUCAGGUUCUCCUGUGUUUUUCUCGGGACACUGCAGUUCUGGAGCAUUUUAGCUACAAUAGUGCAUCUCCUCCUAAAUCCUACAUCCAGGGCAGGUCUGGUGCAGAGGAGUUUGCUGUGGUGUAUCCUCCAAAUGGUGUUAUCCCUUUCCAUGGCUUCUCAAUGUAUGUGGCUCCCCUGUGUUUUUUGUACAAUGAGCCAUCUAAGCUGUACAGUGUAUUCAGAGAGAUGUACAUGCGCUAUUUCUUCAGACUGCACUCCAUAUCCUCCUCUCCCUCAGGUAUCGUUUCUCUUUGUCUUCAGUUUGAGAGGUUACUCCAAACCCAUCUUCCCCAGCUCUUCUAUCAUUUGCAGGAGAUAGGAGCUCAACCAUUGCGCAUCGCGUUUAAGUGGAUGGUUCGGGCUUUCUCGGGAUACCUUUCCACUGACCAACUCUUGUUGCUAUGGGACCGUAUCCUUGGCUACAAGUCCUUAGAGAUAGUAGCAGUUCUGGCGGCUGCUGUCUUCACGUUCCGGGCUGAAAAUCUGAUGGAGGUGACGUCACUGGCCGCGGCCGAGGCUGUCCUCGCUGACCUCUCAACCCUCAAGGUUAUACCCCUCCUGCAGAUAUUCCUCUUUGCUACAGACAUCUAAAGGAUGUUGUGUGGAAGAGCAUCAUCUCAAUGGGGUCAGCGGUGUCCAUGACAACCAAAUAGAUCGUCUCGAAUGAUGACGUAGAAACGAAUUAAAAAAUAACGAAGAGACGCAAUACACGUUCUCUGUGCCUUGAAAUCCGUAAGAUCAGCUUUUAAUCGGUCCGCAUGCUCCAGCAGGUCUAUAGUGAAUCAACCGCUUUAUACGAUGUAAUACUGACAUUCUUCUUGUGAAUGAUUGUGUCAUAUUAUGUCCUGUAUUUGUUUUUCAUUUCAAUAGCAGCUGCUUUCACCAGUGAAAGAUGUGUUACUGAACAGACUUGGCUUGAGAAUGCUAAUGUAAGACGCACAAUCCAUUCUCAAGCUCUUCUCAAGCCCUUUAGAAUUAUCUCUUAAAAACGAGUCAAAUUAAUAUGCGGAAAAUAAUAUCGUGCUUUUAUGUAGUUUUCAUGAUUAGUGCUUUUUUUUAUUUUCCAAACUAAACACCCUUCCAAAAAUGAUGACACCCUUGAGGUUUAAAUCGGGUGCAAACUGAUAUAGAGACUGUUACAGAACAGUCUAAUCCCAGAAAGAGUCUAAUCCCUGCUGGUGAAUGACAAAAGGGUUUUAUCCUUUAUAGCAGAGGGAAACAGAGCUUGAUCAAAGGCAGCAGCGGAGUUCCUGGGAGCUGAAAGGCUCUCAGCGUAGGCUGCUGUAUGACAUUAACAAAGAUGAAGCAUUUACAAAAUAUGAAUGGAAGAAUGAACUUUUUUUUUUUUGCAUUUAAUUUUUAAUUUUUAUUUUUUUAUGAAUAAAACAUAUAAGAAAAAAACGUAGCUCCUUCUGCCAUGUUUUUCUUUAGGCAACUAAUUUGAGUGGAAUGGUUGGGUCUUGUCUUUCUUUUAUAUUGCUCAUUGUCUUCAGUUGUAAACAGGAUUAUAAAGGACAACGGAAAGCAUAUAAGCAGCAUAUAAUACACCUAUAAAUAACAACUGACUUAGAUGAAGUACUAAAGAACAAAUAAGUUCAUUGAUCUGGGGGUGAAGCUGUAAGAAUUAAACUCACCUGUGAUAUAUUGUUGUAGACAUUUUAAAGGUGAUCCGAUACAUGCCAUGGACGAAACAAGCUAUGGCAGUAUAUACCUACAGCUUUACGCACAAGAAUUGUGUUAUUAUUGCUAUAGUGUUUAUUAUGUAUCCUGACUUAUUUUGACAUGAGUCGUUAUGCUUGCAGACCAUAUGCAUGUGCUGGAGAAACACUCAUAUUAUAUGGAUUGUGUAAAACAGGCAUGUUAUUAUGUGACGAAUGAACCAGCCUGAAGCAUAUGAUACAGAUUUGGCUUGUAAUGGCUCAUUAUAUCAAUCCCUUAUCAUGUAUCCUCACAACACUUAAUGAGCCUGCUGGGUUUUUUUGGGUUUUUUUUUUUUGUUGGGGGGGGGGGGGGGUGAUAUUUAUUACCAUGUUGUAUUGCUGCACAACGUGUUGAAUAUGCCAUCAGUUACGUUUCUGAAGUUUUUACUAAAACUAUUUUGUAUGAGUUAUUGUUUUUUUUUUCAGAUGAACGCAUAACCACAGCACUUUGCCAAAAUCAAUGAAUUCUUCUGUAUUUAUGAAUGACCCGCUGUACACAUUUGUUUGUUAUCGUAUAUCUAACAAUGUGGAAUAUUUGUUUAGAAAGUGGCUUCCUGUUUUCUUUUUGUUAUAGCCGCUAUAAACAGCUGUUUUUAAUCUCUGGUAGAUGAUAAGACUUUAAUUUUAAAAAAUCCCUGUUAAAAAAGAAAAAAAUAUUCCCCAAAAUAAAACUUUGCAAUAUGACAAAUGACAUGUUUCUUUCUCUGUUUGUGUCCAAUAAACAAGUCCCUAC